GGCAUUUGCCAAGCAAAUUGACUCGCUCGCCGAUAGUGGGAUUGAGUGGACAUGUGAUGGAGAGACCUUUCACUCAAAAGUCUAUUGUUUCACUGCUGUGGCUGACGCUCCAGCCAGGGCUCUGAUGCAGAACACAGUCCAGUAUAAUGGAUACUUUGGGUGUGGCUGGUGUUUGCACCCUGCAAUUUUGUGCUUAAUUUGUUUCUGUCAUAUUUAUUUGGCAGGAACAGUGAAGUACCCCGUAAGCGCUGAAGCUCCACCCGACAGGACUAAAGAAGGGAUGACUGAAGACAUGGAUGAAGCGAACAGAACUGGAGUGAAUGUUCGGGGAGUGAAGGGGCCGUCCCCAUUAAUUAAUUUGGUCGGGUUUGACAUUGUGUGGGGCUUCACAGCCGAUUACAUGCAUGCUGUUUUGCUCGGCGUGACACGCCAGUUCAUGGAGUUGUGGUUGUGUGGUGUUGGUACUCCAUAUUACAUAGGAUCACCAAAUUUCAUUAGGAGAAUUGAUGAAAAGCUAUGUGCCAUAAACCCGCCUCAAUGCAUCACACGCCUGCCGAGAUCUGUCCAAUUGAGGAAGUUUUGGAAGGCAAGCGAGUGGCAGCAGUGGCUGUUAUAUUUCAGCCUCGCUUGUGUUGAUGGAAUUUUGCCUGACAAGUACCAGAAACACUUCAGCUUGCUGGUAAAAGCAGUGUAUCUCCUACUUGGAGAUACUGUCUCUACCAAAGACAUAAGUGAUAGCACAGAGUGUCUUGUGCAAUUUGUCGUUCAACUUCAGUUCCUUUAUUCCAAAAAGGAAAUGACUUCGAAUGUGCAUUUAUUGCUGCACCUUGCAAAAAGUGCUACAAUGCAAGGGCCACUUUGGGCACAUUCUUGCUUUGUCUUUGAAGCAGGAUUAGGCAAAAUUAAGAAGCUGAUUACUUCCGCAAAGGGAGAGCUUCAUCAAGUAAUGAGUAGAGUGCUUAUGGCCAGCAAAGUCUGUGCACUCAAGGCAGAUGCAAGUCAGCAAGUUAAGCAUUUUUUGAGUUGUGAUUUGCGCACCGAAGAAGAGUCGCUGGCCCUUUUGGGAAAACCAAGGGCUGUCAGUGUGUCUCUCUGUAGAAUAAUUGAGGCACAAGUCCCCCAGCAAAUCAUAGGCCCUGUUGAAGAAUAUGACAGGGUUCGCAUCUCUGGGCGCGUGUUCCACAGUGAACAAUAUCAAAAGCCUCAGAAAACUAACUGCACAGCUGUACGACUGGCAGAUAUUACACAUGCUAAGAUAGAGCAUAUCGUGUCAGUGAGCUGCCAUGACAGAAAGAGAACUUACUUUGUAUCUAAGCGCUGUGUAAGUUCUCUCUGUUUUGGCACAACACACAUUUCAUGUGUUCAGAAGUGGGCAGCUGAGAAGGUCAUAGAGAUUGACUACCUGGACCGCUUUCAAGACAGCAUUCACGGAAGUCUUCGGCCGCCCCACCUUGAGAAAGCUCCGCGCUGA